AACAGAAAGUUUUCUGACUCAAAACGUCAAACUCCUCCCUUUCAACACUUGUAUUGAGCUUGACUGAGCUGCGGAGCUGUCCUAGUAAAGCGGCAAGCAGGCGAGUGUUUGAUACCGUCUGCGAUCACACGGAAGCGGCAGAGGAGAAAAUCGCCGAACACGCUCACGACAGAAUAACACGCGAGACUGGGUUGUCCAUUCCACAGCACACAUCCAUGGCGCUGUGUAACGGGGAUAGCAAGCUGGAUAUUGUUGGAGAACCCAAAGAUGGUUUAUGUUCCUACGAGGGUGCCGUGGUGAUCCUUGAUGCAGGAGCACAGUAUGGGAAAGUGAUUGACAGGCGGGUACGAGAACUUUUCGUCCAGUCUGAGAUUCUGCCUCUGGAGACCCCAGCAUUUGCCAUCAGAGAGCAGGGUUUCAGGGCCAUUAUUAUAUCUGGAGGCCCAAACUCUGUCUAUGCAGAGGAUGCCCCCUGGUUUGACCCAGCCAUAUUCACCAUUGGAAAACCUGUUCUCGGCAUCUGCUAUGGAAUGCAGAUGAUGAAUAAAGUUUUUGGAGGCACAGUGCACAGGAAGUGUGUGAGAGAGGAUGGAGUUUUCGACAUUACUUUGGACAACUCUUGCUCUCUCUUUAGGGGCCUGCAGAAAGAAGAAGCUGUCCUGUUGACACAUGGAGACAGUGUCGACAAAGUUGCAGAUGGAUUUAAAGUUGUCGCCCAGUCCGGAAGUAUUAUUGCAGGUAUUGCUAAUGAACAAAAGAAGCUGUAUGGGACUCAGUUUCAUCCCGAGGUGGAUCUCACAGAGAGAGGGAUGGAUAUGCUACGCAACUUCUUGUUUGAGAUUGCUGGCUGCAGCAAUAACUUCACUGUCCAGAACCGUCAGCUCGCCUGCAUCAGAGAGAUCAGAGAGAAGGUGGACAAAUCCAAAGUUCUGGUUUUAUUGAGUGGUGGUGUUGAUUCGACUGUGUGCACAGCCCUGCUGAAUAAAGCCCUGAUUCAAGAACAGGUCAUCGCUGUUCAUAUUGACAAUGGGUUCAUGAGGAAAAAAGAGAGUCAGAGCGUUGAGGAAGCGCUGACAAAACUCGGCAUCAAUCUCAAAGUGGUAAACGCAGCACAUACCUUCUACAACGGCACAACGACUCUGCCAAUUUCAGAGGAAGACCGCACACCUAGAAAACGCAUCAGCAAAACGCUCAACAUGACCACCAAUCCAGAAGAAAAGAGGAAGAUCAUUGGGGAUACGUUUGUAAAAGUGGCGAAUGAGGUGAUCGGAGAGAUGAAUCUAAAGCCGGAGGAUGUGUACCUGGCACAAGGCACGCUCAGACCGGACCUGAUUGAGAGCGCCUCUCAUCUCGCUAGUGGGAAAGCAGAAGUUAUUAAAACACAUCACAACGACACAGAGCUCAUCCGCAAACUUAGAGAUGAGGGAAAAGUAAUCGAACCGCUGAAAGAUUUCCAUAAGGAUGAAGUAAGAGCAUUAGGUCGAGAACUAGGGCUCCCUGAAGAGAUCGUCUCUCGACACCCUUUCCCUGGUCCAGGUUUGGCCAUCAGAGUCAUAUGUGCUGAUGAGCCUUACAUCUGUAAAGACUUUGCUGAAACCAACAACAUCCUAAAAAUCAUCACAGACUUCUCAGCCAGUGUUAAAAAGCCACACACCCUUCUUCAGAGAGUGAAGUCGUGCAUAUCAGAUGAUGAGGAGGAGAAACUCAUGCAGAUCACCAGCCUUCAUUCACUAAAUGCCUUUCUGCUGCCAAUCAAAACUGUUGGCGUCCAGGGUGACUGCCGUUCAUACAGUUAUGUUUGUGGGGUGAGCAGUAAAGAAGCCCCUCACUGGGAUUCAUUGAUGUUCCUGGCCAGACUUAUCCCUCGAAUUUGCCACUCCAUCAACAGAGUUGUUUACGUCUUUGGGUCACAUGUAAAAGAGCCACCCACUGACAUCACUCCCACCUUCCUGACAACUGGUGUACUGAGCACACUAAGACAGGCUGACUUUGUAGCUCACUCCAUUUUGAGAGAGUCUGGCUACUCUGGCAAGAUAAGUCAAAUGCCAAUCAUUCUUACCCCACUGCACUUUGACCGUGACCCGCUACAGAAGCAGCCGUCUUGCAGACGAUCCGUCGUCAUCAGAACCUUCAUCACCAGCGACUUCAUGACGGGCAUUGCCGCUACACCAGACAACCAAAUCCCUGAAGAGGUGGUUCUCAAAAUGGUCAACGAGAUCAAGAAAAUCCCGGGUAUAUCGAGGGUGAUGUAUGACCUCACAUCAAAGCCACCAGGAACAACAGAGUGGGAGUAAAACAGUGGACUUUAUCAUCUUACCUAUCCUUGUCUCCUCUUAAAGUCCUUCUCUACCUCCCCCCUUCCCAGUACUGCUACAUUCCCCCCAAACCCCUUAUCUUUGUUUCCGCGACCCCCUUUAGGCACGCCGCCCUGUCAUUGUCCCACUGAGACGAACAUUCCCUACACUGGCAGGUUGUACUGUGAUUGGCGCAAAACUGCUACUUCACUUCCGCCUCAUUUUCUGGAGUCGGUUGUAAUAUUGGUAUUAUUAUUAUUAUAAAUAUUGCUGUUGUCAUUAUCUUCAUCAUUGAUGAUGAUAUUGAUACAUGGAUUUAGUUUUUUUAUAUAAAUAUAUAUAUCAGCUCUGUGUUUCAUGCAUUGUGACUGGUCACUUCUUCAUAGUCGCUAUUGUAGCCACUGAAGGUCAAAGGUCAUAUUCGGACAGUUGACUGUCCGAGUGCAGCAUGACACAAACAAGCAGCUUUUUCUUAAAGACUUCUGUGUCAAGGACUAAGUUCCUAGUGCUGUUUUCUGCCAUCUUCAAGUUCAGUUUGUUUUCACUAACCCAGCUUGCGCAGUGUUGAUUUUUGGUUGGAUUUCUUACCUGAACCCUUCUGAUGGAGGUGGCAGGUGAUAACUCACUCACACAAUAAGUCGUGACCAAUCAGUGUUUUCAAUAUUAUUUGCCAAAUACAGAGUUUUACGAGUGCUGCUGUCACGGCAUGGUUGGUUUAACAGAGGCUCUAAACAUUGGAGAGCUCCUGGAUUUGUGCCUGUUUUAUCUUUUUUGGUUAUUUUGUUUUUCAGGGAUGUGAUUUUAUUUUAUUUUGCAUUAUUUUCCUCUCUCUCUUUUCUAGAAUGUUGAUAAAAGAAAAAAUUAAAAAUGUAAAAUAACUGAUGUCUGGCUUUUACGUCAACGUCAUUAAGUUCGCCUGGGCUGGAUUUUCUUAAUUUUGUAUUGUUUUACAGUUCAAUAAACUUCAAACAAUCUUUACCAGAGUAGCAAAAUUGCAUAAGACUGCAUUAUUUUUUAAGGAUAAAUAUGCUUUUUAUCUCAUUGGCCUAUUUAUUGUCUUGUUUUAAACAUAAAUUUAUCAAAAAUGUUUAUGCUUAAAACGAGAGAAAUUUCCACUAGACUAAAUGUUGUUUCUUUUUGAAAGUUUGAAAUUUUGGCUUCUCUGGUAAAUUUAUCUUGUUUAAAAACCGUUUAGGUAUUUUUUACUGGAUAACAACAAAGAAAACUAAUUAAAAAAUUAUUUUUUGUUUUAGUAGGAUGAAUAGUGUACUUAUUUUCACCAAUAAAGGCCUUGGUAUUUUCUUGUGCUGAGCAGAGCAAUAGUGUUUCGAGAGAGAGAGAGAUGAUCGAGGGGACUCAUGAAACCCUUUCAAUAGGUCAGAUUAGCAGAUUUUGGACCAUGAACUGCUGUCAAUGUAAGUGUGGUCAUGUUAAUAUUCCAAUCUUAACAGUAGCCUGGUCUUAUAUAUAAAUAUAUAUAGAGAGGGAGGGACUUUGACUGGGCACAAAUGGAAAACAAUGUCCAGCCCUCGGUCUAAUUUAAGAUGUAGAGAAUUGUUAUGAUAAAUGUAACAUACUCUGUAUUUAUUGUCUUUAAAGAUUUUCGUUUCACUCUUCCGUUGUCACAAUAGCAAAAAACAUCCUUGUCUUAAAUGCAAAAUCUUAAUGUCUUUUCUCUCUGUCAUCUUUGUUAUAGUGUAUAUUUUACUUGUCUAUUAAAUACAUCUAACAAGUUCA